CACGACGCACCCGCUAUCACUUUCCAAUUAUCUGAAAAGUAGCAUUGAAAACAGAGUCAUCUCAGUCAAAAUGGGUGUCCACGUCAACAUGAUGGACGAUGCCCUCAUCGCUACCUUACCCGCCGAAUAUCUUCGUUCUGCCCUACGAGCUCUUGUCCACAACGGCUCAGAGGCACAAAAGACAUUCACACAGCACAUCCGCACACAGCUCCAGGCCAAGAUCCACGGUGAAAUGCCGUCGCCAAAGAGCUUGUUUCCCGGAACGGACGAGGUGUCAAAUGAGUGUCUAGAAUAUGUUGCGUUUACAAAGUGUCUGUUUGCCAGCAAGCUUGUCACCCCGGCUAUAAACUAUAUCACGCAUUUUGUACAGUCUGUCGAAGCCGCACAGGUAUCUUGGACGCAGGGUUCAGAGUUGCACAAGAUUCUUGACAAGUUCAGCGGUGAUAUUGUUCAAGCUAUGCAGGCGCUGAAGGAGACUGCACCAAAGGCCGACGCUGCGCUACAGAGCCUCUUACAGCCGCUGCUCUCGAGUUUCGCCUCCUGUGAGCAAUACUGCGCUUCAAAGAAUCUUGAGGAUCCUUUCAAGCGAGCCUCGAGACAAGUAAAGGAUUCGACGGCCUUCUAUUUCCCCGAUUUAACCACGGAUACAGCAGGUGGCACUGCUUUAAAGGAGCUCACAGCAGCGAACCCCCAUGUGGAGAUGUUCCCUAUGGGCUCCCGCUCAGUACCUCGCCUAUUUAAUGGUCUCUGGCAACUAGCUUCUUCAGAAUGGGGAUACAGCUCCGCUGAUAAACAACAGGCGGCGCUGACAGAGCUGGCCGAAGCUGGAUUCACUGCUGCAGACAUGGCAGACCACUAUGGAGAUGCUGAGCUGGUAUAUGGCGACUUCAGAGCUAGUCUGGGCCCAGAUUCCCGCGAUAAAGUCUAUGCUGCUACGAAAUGGUGCAUUUUCCGCGACAUAGGACAGCCUGUGACGAGGGAGUAUGUGCUCGCUGCUGUGAAGGAGAGGUCUCGAAGACUCAGAGGUCGUGUUGACCUCUUACAGUUCCAUUGGCACAAUUACGAGGCAAAGGAAUACCUCUACAUUUUGCUACACUUGGUCCGUAUCGCAAAGUCGAAACCGGAGUUAGUUGCCGCCAUUGGCCUUUGCAACUUUGACGCGGAUCACACGGCAGAAGCGUGCGAGUAUCUCUUAAAGACGACGGGAGAGGUCGGCAUUGUGUCCAAUCAAGUUCAGUUUUCUGUUCUCGACUCUCGUCCUUUGAAAAAGGUGACACAAGUCAGUGAAAAGUACAAUCUCAAGCUUCUUACAUACGGAUCCUUUUGUGGUGGCCUUCUAGCUGAAAAGUGGCUUGGAGCACCAGUUCCAGACACAUACUCGGCAUCGAACCCUCUCACGCCAUCGCAACGAAAGUAUCUCGAUACCCUCUACGCUUGGGGAACCUGGGAAGAGUUCCAGGCUCUUCUAUCAAAGCUCGCCGAAGUGGCUGCCAAGCAGGGAGCUGGCGUUACCAUUGCAAAUGUGGCUACUCGAUGGGUGCUUCAGCAGCCUGCUGUCGGUGCCAUUCUGGUUGGAACUAGACUUGGCGUAACAUCCCAUGGAACAGAUAACCUCGGUGUAUUUGGAUGGAAGUUGGAGGGCGAAGAUCUCCAGGCUAUCAACGACUUGGCUCUGGGCAAGGACGGCGCAAAGACUACAUCGCUUUUCGAAAAGUUUGGUGAUUGCGGCGAUGAGUAUAGACAGUAGAUCACAAACAAGUCUUAAAACGUACAAGU